AAUCAAUCAAGCAGUAAAAACGUCAGCUGAUGAGAGUUGGGGGCAGCAAAACAAGGGAAUUAGGGGGGACUUGUGGCACGCUUCGGUGGAACCCGACAGACUGUGUUUUGUCUGUUACAAGCUCUAUUGCAUGCCACUUACGAUAAGUCAGAGGUGCUGUCUGCAACCUGAACAUUAUACGGCGAUCAAGGAGUUGAAACAAAUGAAGCACGUAAUGUUCCUGCAGCCGGAUAAGGGAUCGGGUAUUGUAGUAAUGAACAGACCUGACUACAUUUCGAAGAUGGAGUCCAUUCUGGGAGACACUCGGAAGUUCCAGCUAGAUAAUACACCGGAAAACAACAUACUGGUGGAGAAGCAGGUGGCAAGGAAGCUCCAGAUUCUCCUGCUACAUGGUUACAUCAAUGAGUCACAGUACAGCCACUUAAAACCGACCGGGACACAGACACCUAGAAUGCGAGGCGCUCCCAAGAUACACAAAGCAGGAUUUCCGCUACGUCCGAUUAUGUGCAUGAACAAUUCACCUUACCACAAUGUCGCGCGGUGGCUGGCCAAACUAUUAGAUACGGUGCGUAAACUCAUCGCUACGUAUUGCCUGAAGGACUCCUUUGAACUGGCUGAGACACUGGAACAAUUGUCACUGAGUGCAGAGCUUAUGUACUCAAUAGAUGUGGACUCCUUAUUCACAAAAGCAGUCCUUGUCUACUUCAGUUCGCUGCGGUCUCGACGAUUCGGCGUUGAAGCCAAGUUUUUGCAAGCAAACGGACUUUGUGACCAGCCUCGUUCUACCUUGGUGAGGCUAGUGCCGUCUUUCCUCCGACUGGGUCACGUGAACUCACUGACUUUCGACCGCUUUAACUUUUCACCGAUUUCAUUGUGAUUGCCUUUGUAUGUAAUCUGUCCUUUCCACAAAUUGUCUGUAAACAGCUGAGAAAACGCAAAAUUACUGAAUUCAGUAUAUUUUGUU